GUUUAAUUUUUUUUGGACACUUGUCUUUUCCGCCUUUUCGGAUACUGUUUUGCUCUGAAAAUGUUUGUAGAAGUUUAAGAAUGUGGGAAUUCAAGCUUUUAAGCAUAAAGCUGAACUGAUAUCUUUUAUGGAACUUUACUAGACUAGUAAAAAGUGAUCGUUUGAGUUGUCAGUUGUGACUUUAUUGCAGGAUUUACAGCUGGUGGAUUAAAUUGAGCAGCUGAGAUAAAUAAACAUGGCGUCUACAGGUGCUGUUGGCGAUGUAGUGCAGUGGUUGAACAAUCGUCUGGGUAAUGCUGAGAAGACCUGGGUCGACGACAGCAGUAUCGCUCCAUAUCUGACCAGAGAACUUCUCGAAGGAAUCCUUGACUGCUUUCUCGACCUGCAGACGCACAUUAAAAUCAAGCUGCUGUUAUCCUUUUUGCACAUCGUACGACGAACGGUGGAAAGCCUGCGAAGUGAACUGGAGAGCGUGAUUGAUCUGGCUGCAAAGGAUUCGGAUCCGUGGGUCAGUCUGACGGCGGAGUUAAUUCGUCAUUUCCCAUCCAAAGGGGAAUUCAAUGUGAUGGUCAACAGCCCCAUGUUCAAUGGGAUGCGCAGUGAUAUGAUGAAACAUUUGAAGCGGCUGUCAGAGCGGACGCGGGAGCUGCAGUUCGUCCCGUAUGAAGCGGAAUUUAUGAAUAAGAAAGCCUUAACGGCCACAUACGGGAAUGCGCCAGCUCCUGUUAAACACUUCACUCUCAAACAGAAACCCAAAUCAGCCACACUGCGGGCCGAUGCGCUGUUACGAGCGAAUGAAUCUAAACCUAAGAAUCCGGACAAUCCUUCUGUGCCGAUGCGUUACAAGGACCAAAUCAAAGGCAUCGAUCAAAUGCUAUCUGGUCCCAGCCAUUCGUCAGCGGCUGUCAAACGUGCGUACGCAACCGGGCCGCACGCCCGUGUGCAGGCCGCCAAAGAAAAAUCCCUGGCAGCAGCCAAGGCGCGUCCCAGCAUUAAGGUGUUGGAUAUCAACGAACAGCCGCUCACGCAAGACCAAGGCGCGCACAAGCGGCGUCGCAAACUGAUUGGUGUUCCGGUCAGCGGAAGCGCGGCACCCGGCGGGGAUGGGAAAGUCGAAGAAGAAGCUGCGGGUGGAGGAGAAAAGGAGCGAGAAACGUCGCCGCAUCCAACGGAAGAAGAAACUGCCACCUCCACACCUAACUCCUCGCCAAAGAAAAGCACUAGUUUUGGAUCGCCGAAUCCAGCUGAACAGACACGGCAGCUAUCUCCAGAGAUUCCUGUGCCAGCUCUUGUACCGUCUACUGCGCCAGAUGACACCACCGCUUCUCCUAUAUCCAGUGAAUCCUCACCCAGCAAAUUCACACCCCAGCCGGUAUCGUCAUCAACACCGCAGGUUAUCCAUCCUCAACCCGGCUCAUUGAUGGAUUUGAGCAAAUUAAAGAUUACGAAAGAAACCCAAAAAACGAUAACGGAAAUUUUCGUCAACGCCAAUAAAGUUACUCGACCUGAAAAGAUUUUAAUAAUCAACUUCGUUGCUGGAAUGCGAGCCAAUCCCUGUCCGCAUUUGGGCCCAGUGUUGACAGUACGUCUGAGUGAGAACAUCGUUCCAGUUACCCUGCCAGAUGGACGACAGAUUGACGCUAUCGUGGAGGAGUAUUUCCAUAUGAACUUCAAUACCGGCGAAUGGAAGCGCUUGCGCAAACAGAAGCCCCUGACCGUUACUGGACAAGGCGCGGAAUUCUAUGGAAAUGCGCAGACGCAGUCAGCUCCUAUUCCGCCGGUGUCGACUCUCACGCCCACGCCUUCCAUGAAUCCCAUUUUACUUCCGGGGACUAAUCCUCACAAUAUGGGUUUCCCUCCCAUGCCACACCCAGGGCAGGGAGGUCUUAGCCGGCCUUUUUAAUCCGACGCCUUUUGUUGUGUGGUAAAAAAAUUGAAAUUGAGGAAUGAUAAUUGAUUGUACGUUUGUUCGUAAAAAAGAGUUCAUGAAUUGCUGUUCUUGAUACUGCAAACUUUCGGUACGAGUGCGUACGAUUUGCUGAUUACGUCGUCAGAGUUUGUUGGCUGUCUGUUGAGCUACAGUACGCUUUCCCUAUUUUGGCGGUAUUUGAUACAGUAUUGUAGGAUCUAAAGAGAGCAUCAAGCACGGGAAGCGGUAAAUAAUAAAUGUGAAA